GCGGACGGGGCGGCUCCUUCGGCAUCCCUCGGCUUUCCCCGCAGUAGCUGCGAUGCGCCUGAUCCAGAACAUGGGCACCAUCGCCGAGUAUCCCCAGGCAGAGAACGUCCUCGGCGGAGACGGCGGCGCCUCCGGCCGCCCUCGGCUCAUCAAGAUCGCGGUGGUGGGAGCCAGCGGGGUGGGCAAGACCGCCCUGGUAGUGAGAUUUCUCACCAAGCGAUUCAUUGGAGACUACGAACGGAAUGCAGGUAACCUGUACAGCAGACAGAUUGAAAUCGAUGGAGAGACGUUUGCAAUUCAGGUGCAGGAUACACCUGGGAUACAGAUGCACAGACACAGCCUGGAUUGUAACGAACAGCUGAACAAAUGUCUCCGCUGGGCAGAUGCAGUGGUAAUCGUCUUUUCCAUUACCGAUCAUAAAAGUUACGAACUCCUUGGCCAUUUCCACCAGCACGUACGGCAGGUCCAUCCCGGGAAUCGAGUCCCCGUAGUUAUUGUCGCAAACAAAGCGGACCUCCUCCAUAUUAAGGAGGUAGAACCUCAGCGUGGACUUCAGCUGGCCGGCAUGCUGGGCUGUAAUUUCUACGAGGUCUCCGUCAGUGAGAACUACAAAGAGGUCUUCUGUGCCUUCCACAGCUUGUGCAAAGAAGUUAGUAAACAACAACCCGCCGGGACCCCGGAGAAGCGGAGGACUUCCCUCAUCUCGAGGCCCAAGUCACCCAACAUGCAAGACCUGAAGAGAAGGUUUAAGCAAGCUUUGUCGGCCAAAGUGAGAACCGUCACCUCUGUCUGAAAGGUUGAUUGACCUGGAUGGAAAACUUCUUCACGCCUUCCCUUCUCAGCGAAGAGUCCAUUGGUUCCAAGUCGGGAACAUUUUGCUGGCGCCAAGGCCACCCAGGAAGAUCAGAGAGCGAGGAAGUGUAUGUGUUCCAGUGAUACUGGACUAGGGAGUAUAAAGCAAAGGAGAAACUCCAACAAAACUUGAAUAAGUUCCUAAAGAAGGGACACUUUUAUGCUGAAAGCAGGACAUUUGAAUGCAUUCAAAACAUUGCCAUAUUCUAUGAUGGAGGUUAGGGUAGCUUAGUAUUUGCUAUCCUGUUCACUUUAGAAGAAGAUGGGGGGAAAUAUUCAGAAUGACAUUUCUUUCAUUGGAAACAGACAUCCUUAGGCUAUUGAAUUAGGGCUGGUUUCUUUUAUAAAUCUCACAAGAGACUUUUGAUUUUUUUUUAUUAAAAAAAAUCCAGUUCAUGAAGUACAUCAUGCAUUUCUGUUCCAACAGAGCAGUAACAGAGUUUUUGGGUGUAAAACGUCUUAAACGAUUAUAUUUGAUUGCCGUGAGACAUACUGUGCUGCAAAUACUUAAGUGUAUUUUUUUUUUUUUACAACUGCAUAACAUUCUCAAGAUUUUAAGAUUAGUCGGUCGUCUGAUGCAAUGCUGGAUUUAUUUUCAGAUAAAUCCAAAUGAACCGAUCUAAAUAUGGAUUGAAAGUCAUACUGUUUCGGUUCGUGCCACUUCUUUGUUAAGAUGUGGAGCAGGCCAUAUCUCUAAUUGAGGCGGAAGGGGCUUUCCACUGUUGUAUCAAUCUGUCGUUCGUGAUUUAACCGCUAGCCAAAUGCUGGACCAUGAGGCUCGUCCCAUAAAGCAGAAAAUGUUUAAAAUAAGAGAUGCAAAGAUAACAUGGAUGCAUUUUUAACAAAAAGCAACACUGUGCUUUCCCCUUAAGCGGUAACUUAUUUAUUUUAUGUUUCAGAAACAUGACCAGGGUACGAGAUCUUUAUUUUGUGUCAUCAUUAAAUUAAACAAUGUUUUCUCAAGAAUGCUUUGUACUUUUCUAACCAGUUGCUAGGGAACGUACAUAGAAAGAAAAUGAGGCUGUGUUAGUAAGAUUUCUACUGCCUGCUAAGCAAGGGAAAAAAUGUAUUACUGGAGGGGUCUAACAAAUCUUACACGGGCACAGGGGCAUUGAUUUUUGAGAAUGCUACACACCCAACAGCAUCUAUAUCUUGCAAGUAUAGAUUUCUAUACCAGAAUAGUUGUGUAGCUGCUAUACAAAGUUAACUUGCUUCUCAAAUGUUUUUCUAACUACAUGGUAACCACUCCAGGCGUGAAAUCCUCCCGGUUCGGCCCGGUUCGCCCGAACUGUCAGGGAAAAAAAAUGCU